AUGCAGUUCACUCUCAUCACCGCUUUCGCCACUGCCUUCCUGGCCUCCUUCGUGGCCGCUAACCCUGCUCCCGCCCCGGCUCCCUUCGAGAUCGGUAUCGGUGCCAACGCUGCCGCUAACGCCGCUGCUGAGGUCGCUGCCAACGCUGGUCUCGGUGCCGGUGCUGGGUUCUCUGUUGACCACGAUAUCAUUAUUCAAGUACCUGCUGUGCUGGUAUAUCUGGAUGGAUGGGAUAAGGUUGGAUUUAUUGGUAUUUUUGUAUUUAGUCGGUGUCGGGAUAAUAUGAUAAUGUUUUGUUGA